AUGCUCUAUGGAAAACAACCAAACCUAGCAAAUCUAUGCACCUGUGGUUGUCACGCCUAUAUAAGGAAUCAGGAUCUUGCAAACACCAAUAAGGUUGCUCCGAAAACCUUAACUGGAUAUCUAGUUGGAUACAAAGCGGCAAAGGCAAGAGAUGUUACCUUUGAUGAAUCACGCCUUUACGACCCAGAUGGGCCAUUUCUUGAGGGCUUGAUCAAAGAGAAAGCUCCUAAACCGCCCGGAAAACUGCUUCAGUUAUCGAGAGCUGAGGAUUUAGACAGUGAACCUGGAUACAUGGCACUAGAUAGCGCAGACAGUACCAAGAUCGCGUCGCCGCUGUACUAUGCCGUCAAUAGACCAAACGCGACCGUGGUUCUCCAUGUUCGAGCUGCCCCACGACCGAGUUUGAUUGCCGAAUGUCGAGUUCCGGAGAAGCGACUGAGCGUUCUCAUAUCCGCCCGCUAUGAAGCCAUGGAAAACGUGGAUCGCUCACUGCAAGAGGUUUCGCAGGUGCUACAGAAGCUUGUGCAAAACAGCGAACAGCCUCAAGUCUCGUCAAAGGGCUCUACCCCUGUCACUGUUGUCGCUAGUCAUGUGUCAAACAUAUCAGGCAUGCCUAAAGGUUAUAGGGUUAAGCAAGAUGGGCCCAAACUUCUCUGCGACCAUGAAUGUGACACGGAUGAUUCAGGAAGCGGCCAACAGCGAGAAGUCUACUCCCGGUACACUUUUAUCACGUUAAUUCCAGGCUCACAGACCGAGAAGCAGCGGUUUUUCAUUGACGUGCGGAUUAUUGGAGAGCAGGAAUUUGGCGAGCUAUAUCAGAAGAUUUAUUUUGCAAUCAACAAGUACGCGCUGUCGGCAUGGGUCAUCGUGAACGUGGGGCUAUUCUAUCUAUUCCUUCGUCUAAAUCAGCAGAAAUACUCCCAAGUCAGCGUCACUGCCUCCGAUAUCCAGGCACACUCGCGGCUCUUAUCAGCAAAUCUCGAAGCGCCAUACAGUCACUAA